GUACUCUUCAACAUGAACACCUAUGGCCAGAUUCCCCUCAUCGACGAGGAAAAUCCUUUUUACUGCCCGAGCUUCCCAGCUACAGCAUAUCUGGCUACCCUUCGGCAAGCUUUUCAAUCGAAUCCUUUUCUUUUUCAAGACAUAUCCUUGCGCUCUUUUUUCUGGAAAAUUGGUCUCUGCUUCACAAAAGAAGACGAAAAUUAUACCAGCAAUGCCGUCGUUGAUAACACCCUAGAUGCACCUUCAUGGCCGAGCAGCCCAGAUAUCCAGUCGCCAAUCAUUCUCGCGCGAAAUCAAGUUUCAGACGAUUUGCCAGAUUUACCAGUAUUGCGACGUGGAUUAGCUGGAUUGGCGUGGAGGAGAGCUUCUACACGCGUUCCGAAGCGUUCUCGAGAUUCUUCCAAGUUUGAAGACCCCAUUGUUCUUGGAGGACCGUCAAAACGAGGUCGUUCUUCACAAUCCGUUCAUACGAGCCCUGUCGACAAUAGUGGAAUCAAACCGCUGUCUUAUACUUUGCAUCAUCAUGAUCCACUCUCGGUUUCAUAUCAAGACGUUCCAAGGACUCUCGCAGGUUCCUCCCUCUUAAAUACUAAACACAUGCAUAUACUGACUAUAUGCGUCUCAGCGUGGGUCUAUGAAUCUGAAACAGGAGAUGAGACGCCAGUUGACCUUUCUUACCUGGUGAAUCGCCUUGAAAUGGUCAUCCCGGGCACGGGUGUGCACCAGACGUUCCUAGGAGACCCUCUGGCCGUUCUGCACCUCACUCACCAGAAAAUCACAAACGUCCUGGCAGACCGGGGACUCCUUACUGAAACCGUGUUGACGCUCCUGCGAGGUGGCAAUAUCGAUAAAUUGGAGUUAGGUCCUACGAUGUGCGAGGAAGAUGGGCUAAAUCUACAUUCAAGCAAUCUUUUGCGCGUGUUCAGCAGACCUGGUUACUACUCGACGCUCAGGGAGCUAGUACUCGAUGGCGCCCACUUAGGACGCGACUUUGACCUCGUUCACAUCCAACAACUUCCUAACCUAGAAAGACUCCACCUCGAAGGAACGGAUGUCGGAAACGAAGCAGUAUUCUUGCUGGUUACCCUCAAAGAGAAGUUGUAUCAUCUGAACCUUGCACACAAUCCGAAGAUCGACGACGACGCAAUACCUGCUAUCCUCCUCCUCACCAACCUUGCAUAUCUUUCGAUUCAGGCAACUGGAAUCGAUAUGCCUGGUUUUCGUCGGCUCGCAGCGGUAAUCCACGCUGAGGAUCGCGUCAUUGACAUCGAAAUUCCCUUCAGAUGCGAGAAAUACAUCGAUGGUUGGACUUACACAAGCAGUACCCUCGUCGAUCCUGCGUUGCCUCUCAUCACUGAUCCCUCUGCAUGUUCAUUAUUAUCAAAUGUCGCGCUCAUUCGCAAUCUUCAAGCUCACGCCGACAUCAACCCCUCGAUCGUACCGACAGGAACGCGUCUGGAGAUGAUCGAGAGAUUGAAGAAGCUUCUGGAACGGAGGCAGUUGGACCUUAUUGUGCGUAGUAUGAUUUGCGGGGAACCUGGGGAGGUCUGAGAAUGUUGACAUGUGAAAGUUAUAAUAAUAAUACAUAUGGAUAGUGACAUGAGAAUACCG